AUGGCAUUGGUCAGGCCAACGGUUAGACCGAUGGAGGCGGUUCGUGUUUGCUUCCUCCGAAAUGGGGCACCACACUUCAGAGGCGUCACACUCUCCGUGUCCCAGUACCACUACAAGGAUUUUGGCAUACUUCUGCGGCACGUCACCAGCGCCCUGCAGUCAUUUUUGGCGCUCCCAUCGACCAUCGAGUUCAUAUGGCGCACCAAUGGCACUCCGAUUAGCUCUCUGGAUUCCUUUUUGGACGGGGACGUCGUCGUCUGCUGCUGCCGGUACGAGAGCUUCAUCAAAAUGGACUACACUGUGAACAAACAUUUUUGGCGGCUUCAGGCAGCGAUACGACGCUGGAAAAUGCGUAAUGAAGCACUGCCAGAGGGUCAGAUCCUUUCCGACUCCGUUGCGAUGUACGUGAACAAACGUCAUACUUUUGUGAGUAACAAAAAGACCGUCAUCUGCACUGCGGAGCCCAAGACGAAGCAGAUCCGCAGAUGCAUUGUUAAAGUGGUAAACGAGGCACUCAUGCUGAAUCUUGACGCCAAGUACAAGGAGAUGGAGAUCAUGCGCAAGCUGCAGACCCAUCCGAACGUCGUUGACCUGAUCUUCACCGUUUACAGGCCGAGGUGCAGGUACACCUUUUUUGUGAUCGAGUACAUGGCCUGUAGCGUGCAAGACAUGAGGGAUCGCCAUGGCAGCAUACCCGAGUGCAUAGCCAAGCGGGUCAUGAGGGACGUGAUCCAUGGCCUGACCUACAUACACGACAAACGAAUCAUUCAUCGCGACAUAAAGCCCGACAACCUGCUCGUAAGAAAAUCGGACUUCACUUUUCUGGUGGCAAAGAUAGCAGAUUUCGGAGCGGCCACCUAUUUCGAGGAAAGAGCGAUGAAGGACUUCAUCGGGACCCCGAGGUACAUAGCUCCCGAGAUGAUUCUUGGCACCGGAUACGACUAUCGAGUGGAUACCUGGAGCUUCGGGGUCACUCUCUAUUCCAUGUUGUUCGAUAAGGAACCCUUCGGCAAGGGGUGCAAGGAGCUUGAAGAAAUCUGCCGGGACAUUACGGUCAGUGAUCAUCAGUUUCCCUUGCAACUUAAGGACUGUAUCAGCGCGGAUGCCAAGGAUCUGAUUGAUGCGCUGCUGAUAAAGGCUCCACUCUCCCGCCUCACUUCCGCUCAGAUUUCCAAGCAUCCCUUUAUGCUAUAA